GUAGGCCGGUGCGGAAGGCGGCCUUAGCCCGAGUUGGUUGUUGGCGGUUUUCACGAUGGCCGCGCACUCUCGGGGCUCAGAACUCGACCUUAGCUGGAUCACCAGAGUUCAGGUGAAUCAGGCGGCCGUUCUGAGGCGGGCAGAACAGAUCCAGGCUCGCAGAAGCGUGAAGGAGGAAUGGCAGGCCGCAUGGCUUCUGAAAGCUGUUACGUUUAUAGACCUUACGACACUUUCUGGGGAUGACACGUUUUCUAACGUUCAACGGCUCUGCUACAAAGCCAGAUAUCCAAUCCAGGAAGACCUCUUGAAAGCCUUAAAUAUGCACGACAAAGGCAUCACCACGGCUGCCGUCUGUGUUUAUCCCGCCCGAGUGUGCGACGCCGUGAAAGCACUGAAGGCCGCAGGCUGCAACAUCCCUGUGGCAUCAGUGGCCACCGGCUUUCCAGCUGGACAGACUCAUUUAAAGACACGACUGGAAGAGAUCAGACUGGCCGUGGAGGACGGAGCCACUGAAAUCGAUGUGGUCAUUAGCAGGACCUUGGUGCUGACUGGCAAGUGGGAAGCCCUCUACGACGAGAUCAGCCAGUUUCGAAAGGCCUGCGGGGAGGCUCAUCUCAAAACCAUCCUAGCCACAGGAGAGCUCGGCUCUCUCACCAACAUCUACAAAGCCAGCCUGGUAGCAAUGAUGGCCGGGUCAGAUUUUAUUAAGACUUCUACUGGAAAAGAAACGGUAAAUGCCACCUUCCCGGUAGCCAUCGUAAUGUUACGGGCCAUUAGAGAUUUCUUCUGGAAGACUGGAAAGAAGGUAGGCUUUAAACCUGCAGGAGGCAUCCGCACUGCGAAGGAGUCCCUAGCAUGGCUCUCUCUUGUAAAGGAAGAGCUGGGGGACGAGUGGCUGACCCCUGACCUCUUCCGGAUAGGGGCCAGUUCUCUGCUCUUAGACAUUGAGAAGCAGAUAUACCACCAUGUGACUGGACAAUAUCCAGCUUAUUAUGAUCUUCCGAUGUCUUAGGCCAGCAGCCAGCCCAGAAAAGCAUCUUGCAACAAGUUAAAAAAAAUGUCUUUUGCAUAAUUGCCAAGGUUGUGUAAUUUAAGAAUAUGUAACUGACUUUUCCCCAUUAAAAUCUUCCCUGAAAUUAACUCAAAAAUAAGAAAAACAAAUCAAUUGAGUCUAUAUGUGGAACUCAGAUCAAGUAAGGCUGAAUGCUCUUAAUUAUUAGGAGGUCCACAUUUACUAAUUAUAUGAAAGUUUUCUCUAAAAAACUAUGAAUAAAAUGUUCCUAAUAGCCAAUAUUGCAGCAAUUUCUGAGGAGAAAAUAAAGUUAAAUUUCCCUUGACUUGAGAUUCUAGGGCAGGCAAGAGGGCUUGGCACAAAAGGUGCUUGCUACCAAACCUGACCACUGGUUCAGUUCUGUGUAACUGCUUGGGGGGAGGAGAGGGCAGGCUUCCGGAAUUUGUCUUCUGAUGUCCACAUGUGCCCUGCCCCCUACCACUGACAUAUAGUAAAUAAGUCAAAUGUAAUAAAAAUGAAAAUGUGUCACUCAGCCUCCCUCCUCUGCCUGGGGACGGGGGCCCCUCCUGGAUGUCAGCGCAGGAUGGAACUCUUUCAUUGAUUGCUUUGUAAUGAGAUCCUGAUGUUGUUAUAAGAAAAUGUGAAUACCACUGAAUUUUUAAACACAAAAGUCUCUGCUUGUAUACUUAUUUUGUUUACUUUGGGGGGAUAGGGCUUCUGUACUGGAGCUUUGAAAAUGCUGGGGAUACCACCCUGCCUGACUUGGCGAUUGUUGUUUUUAGUCUCCUUAAAUAAUUAAAAAGAAAAGAGAAGAACUGGCA